AUGGCUCACGCAGAUCACACGCGAGACCCAUGUCCCUGGGUUAUCCUUAAUGACUUUGGCGGUGCUUUCGCCAUGGGUGCCAUCGGCGGUGGUAUCUGGCACGGUAUAAAAGGUGCACGGAAUUCACCAAGGGGCGAACGUCUUGUCGGUGCUGUCUCCGUCAUCAAGGCACGAGCACCUGUCACGGGAGGGAACUUCGGUGUUUGGGGAGGCAUGUUCUCGACAUUUGAUUGUGCUGUAAAGGGAUGGCGGCAAAAGGAGGAUGCAUGGAAUGCUAUUAUCUCUGGUUUCCUGACAGGUGGCUGUCUAGCGGCGCGAAGCGGACCAAGAUCGGCAUUAGGCUCUGCUGUAGCAUGUGGUAUUCUGCUGGGUGUCUUCGAGGGUGUCGGUGUAUUAAUAAACCGAGUGUUCAGCGAGGGUGCACGACCCCAGCUCCCACCCCUUCCCGAAAACAUGGUCCCCCAGCAGCCACCACCAUCAGCAGUCUCCCAUGCUCCAGCACACUAGAUGUAUCUUCACGCACACGCUCAUACCUUACUAUCACGCUGUUUUUAUCUCCUCUCAGUAAUGCAUUGUAUAUCUACGCACCCUCGAUAUCUGUCCAUCCCGUCCUACGCGUCCUUCAGAUUCACCAACUUCGCGGUGCAGACUGGAAUAGGCAGGAAUACAG